AUGGACAAGAGUUGGAUGCAAGUGCCAAACAGGUUCACGUCACGUGAAUAUGGUGAAGGGAUUAAUAAACUCCUCACCAUGGCAAAACAAAAUGCACCUGCAAGUAAUACCUUCAGGUGUCCAUGUCGAAGAUGCCAUAAUAACUUUUUUCGACCACUAGAUGAAGUCGAAGAUCAUCUAUUCACGAUAGGUAUUGAUCCAAGUUAUAAACAUUGGAUCUUUCAUGGGGAAGGUGAAAAUUUCAGUGUGAGUUCGUUAGAUGAUGAUGAAGAAACAAUUAAUUCCAGUGAGAAUUACGUUGAUGAUAUGGAUGAGAUGAUAGACGACAUUCGGGCUGGAUCAUUCAUGGACCAUGCAGACAGGGAACAUGGCCCAAGUUCUUCUGAUCCUUCAAUGACUGAUGGCCAAUCAAAAAAUUUUCACCAAUUGUUUGAGGAUGCGAAAUGUCCACUGUAUCCAAGUUGCCAAAAGUUUUCAAAGCUUUCAUUUAUAAUCAAGCUGCUUCAUAUUAAAACAAUUGGUGGGUGGACUAUCAAGUCAUUUAACAUGGUCUUACAAUUGUUAAAAUCUGCUUUUCCAGAAAUUGAGAUACCUAACUCAUACCACGAGGCCCGACGCCUAGAGCGUGGUUUGGGUUUUACUUAUGUCAAAAUUGACGCAUGCCCAAAUGAUUGCAUGCUAUUUUGGAAAGAUGACGUGGACAAAGAAGCUUGUUCUAAAUGCAAUGAGUUAAGGUGGAUGUCAACCAGGCUGAAGAAGGGGAAGAUUCCCCAAAAGGUCUUACGAUACUUUCCUCUUAUACCCAGAUUACAAAAAUUAUUUAUGUCGAAGAAUAUAGCAAAAUCUAUGAAAUGGCAUAAAGUAGAACGAGUUGAUGACCACAGUACUCUAAGGCAUCCUGCUGAUUCUAAGUUGUGGAGGCAAUUUGAUAAAGAUCACCGUUGGUUUGCAGAAGAUGCUCGCAAUGUCAGAUUGGGUCUAGCUAGUGAUGGUUUCAACCCAUUCAAUAAUCUGAGCAAACCGUAUAGCAUAUGGCUAGUGAUACUCGUGCCAUACAACUUGCCCCCGUGGUUAUGCAUGAAAGAUCCGUAUUUAAUGUUGUCCUUGCUCAUUCCUAGCCCCAAAGCACCAGGGAACGAUAUCGAUGUUUAUUUGCAUCCUUUAGUUACUGAAUUAAAACAGUUAUGGGAGGUCGGUGUCCAAACGUAUGAUGCAUCAAUGUCUGAACACUUCCAGUUACAUGCUGCACUUUUGUGGACCAUAAAUGAUUUUCCUGCAUAUGCCAAUCUUUCAGGUUGGAGCACCAAGGGAAAGUUGGCUUGCCCAUUAUGCAACGAGGAAACUGAUUCCAUGUGGUUGAAGCAUGGGAUAAAACACUGUUAUAUGGGUUAUCGUCGUUUCUUGCCUGCCGCACACAGUUGGAGAAAGAAAAAGGUUGCAUUUAAUGGAAAUGACGACCAUCGGCCUCCUCCUCCAGAACUCACGGGACAUGAUCUACUCCAGCAACUUCUACAACUUAGGAAUGUAGAAUUUGGCAAAGGUUCAAGAAAGAGAAAACGUAGACCUGAUGAAUUGGCCUGGACUAAACAAUCUAUAUUCUUCCAAUUAUCUUAUUGGUCAAUGUUGCCUUUACGACAUAAUCUCGAUGUUAUGCAUAUUGAAAAAAAAAUAUGCGAUAAUGUAUUAGGAACUUUGAUGGCUAUUGAAGGCAAAACAAAAGACACUGCUACUGCACGUAAGGACUUGAUGGAGCUUGGAUUAUGGAAGGAAUUACAUCUACAACCGUCAGCUGCUGGCUACUCCAUGCAAAUUGGCUCGUACACGUUGGAUUUAGGUCAGAGGAGACGCUUAUGUGAAUGGCUUGCAGCUAUUAAAUUUCCAGAUGGUUUUGCCUCAAACAUUCAAACAUGUGUUUCAGUUCAUCAUGGAAAGAUAGCAGGAAUGAAAAGUCAUGACUGUCACGUCUUCAUGCAAAGAUUACUUCCAGUUGCAAUUGGUGGGUUUACCCGACCUGAUAUAUGGCUUGCAUUGACCGAGUUUAGUUCAUUCUUCAAGGCUUUGUGCGCACGGACAUUGACAUUAGAAGUAUUGAAGCAACUACAAACAGAUAUUGCAAUCAUACUCUGCAAGCUUGAGAUGAUUUUCCCUCCUACGUUCUUUGAUAUAAUGGUGCACCUCGCCAUUCAUUUACCUCGUGAAGCUUUCCUUGCGGGCCCAGUUCAAUAUAGGUGGAUGUAUCCUUUUGAACGAUAUUUGAGAAAAUUCAAGCGUUAUGUCAGGAAUAACGCUCGUCCAGAAGGGUCAAUUGCUGAAGCCUAUGUUCACGUUGAAUGCUUGACCUUUUGCUCCUUGUACAUUCAUGAUAUUGAGACCAUAUAUAAUCGAGACGAUCGAAACAAGGAUAUAGAUAAGAAUAUUGAAUCUGAAUCUAUAUCUAUUUUCUCACAAAAGGUACGACCUUUGGGCUCCCCUACCUCCAGAAGAUUAGAGCAGUCUAUUCUUGCAAAGGCAAGUUGGUACGUGCUCAAUAAUUGUGCAGAGAUUGGCCAAUACCUUGAGGAGCACUAUACAAGAAUGUCAGAAAUUUCCUCAGAUAAUGUACAACAUAGACACCAAUUAGAAUUUCCAACCUGGUUUCGCUGUCGAAUUCAAGAACUGCGUGCAGAAAAUAUUGAGUCUAUCUCUGAUGACAUAUAUGCACUUGCCUGUGGGCCAGACCCAUGGGUUGCUACAUAUGACGCUUGCAUAAUGAAUGGGACCAGAUUCCACACUGUGGCGCGUGGACAAUAUCACCGAACCCAAAAUAGUGGGUUGGUUGUUAAAGGGGAGCACCAAUCAAAGCCUAUUGAUUUCUAUGGUGUUUUGCUUGACAUCUUGCAAUUACGCUACAUGGGUUGGCAUCAUGUAUAUUUAUUUAGAUGUGACUGGUUCGAUGUUGGUGAUAGGAGGAGAGGAAUACGUGUUGGCCACCACAUUACAAGUGUCAACACUUCUCGCAAAUGGUAUAAGGAUGAGCCAUUCGCCCUUGCCUCUCAAGCAACCCAAGUGUUUUACCUUAAAGAUUUGGGGUUGGGUGGUAGUUGGUCUGUCGUUCAAAAUGUGACAAAUAGGAACAUGUAUGAUGUUCCAACUAUACCAUUGGUCAAUGAUGAUGACCAUGAAGAGCAUAAUAUGGAUGUACCUGCCUUCCAAGAGAACGAAGCUAGCUACGUUCAAGUUGAACCCGUGGCCAGUACAUAUGGUGUCACACUUCCGUUGCAUAGAUCUGACGUUGAACCACUCCAUUUUGGUGUUGAUACAAGUUUGAAUCAGCCACUAUCCCUUCCUAAUGAUGACGACUUCAUUGACGAUGAUGAAGUCGUUAGCAAUGAUGAAUAUGUAACGGGCAGUGAGACUUCGUCUGACAAUGGUGUGUGA